UAGUUUUACACAAAACAAAGCAGCAUUGUGUGCAGUGAUUGUGUGAAAAUGACUAUGUGAAAAUAGUUAUUUGGAAAAAAAUAAAAUAAAAAUAAAAAUUCGAAAGAAUGUCGCGCUUCAACACGCUGGGCUUAGCAUUUAUAUUGCUAGCUGUAAGCACCAAUGGACUGUACGCCUUUGGUAUAAAGGAAGUUGGAAGCAGUUUAAAAAGCGCCGCCUCCAAUCUGACCACAGGCGCUAGUAGUAUUUUUUCAAUACCAGAAGGUGUAAAAGAUGUGGGCAGAGGCAUUGGGAACGUCGCUGAGGGAGUAGCUAAGCAGGUGCCGAAUUUAAUACCAACACCCGAUGGCAUUUUUGAGGCGAGCAAAAAUGUAUUGGGUGGUUAUCCUUUCGAACUGGUAUCCUCGGCCAUAAAUACGAUUUGCUCCAAGGUAGUCGCAGCUGAAACGAUAACACCGCGAGUGACGCCAGAUUUGACGAAAAUGAAUUUUCAAUUACGCACCGCCUGCAAAAACUACAGUUAUCCAUUACUAAAAGCUAAUGAAAUUUGGCAUAGUCCACAUUUUGAUCCGAAAAAAAAAGUUGUCAUACUGGCUACCGGCUGGACGACAACAAUCGAAAAUAAUAGUGCAAUCGAUACGAUUGGCAACGCUUACAAUUGCCGUGGUGAUGUGAAUUUUGUGGCCGUCGAUGCGGCGAAUUUUGUCGAUACUCUUUAUAUCUGGUCUGCAUUCAACACCGAUGAAAUUGGCGAACAUCUUGCUGAAGGCCUAGUGCUGUUAACUGACGUUGUACCGGUUGAAAAUAUUCAUCUCAUUGGCCAUAGUCUGGGGUCACACAUUGUCGGCGCUGCCGGUCGCUACUUCAGCUACAAGACCGGUAAAAUUCUACCACGUAUUACUGGCUUAGAUCCAGCGAAACCCUGUUUCAACGAAGGUCAGAUGCUGACUGGAUUAAUGCGCGGAGAUGCCGAAUUCGUCGAUGUAAUACACUCAAAUUCGGGUGUUUUGGGGAAGCGUGAUCCGCUCGGCGAUGCAGACUUCUAUCCAGGUGGACUUGAUCCGCUGCCACCCGGUUGUUUUGAUGUUAGUUGUGCACACCAUCGCGCUGUGCGAUAUUAUGCGGAGUCGGUUUGUCCAGGAAAUGAGCGAAAUUUUAUGGCUAAGCGUUGCUAUUCACUGACUGGAUUGCGUGAAGAAAAAUGCCCGGGCGCAGAGUAUCCCAUGGGCAUUGAUGUACCGCACAGUUUGAAUGGUAACUAUUUUUUGGAAGUGAAUGGGGACUCGCCCUAUGGUAAAAAUGGAAAAGCCAGCACGCAGUGUGAAAAAUGUUGUAAAAGUGGAUAAGAUAACAUGGUAACGUACAUAUGUAUUUACAUUUUUCUGUGCUUACUUUUUUGGAAUAAAUUUGACAAACAAAAA